UCAUCCUCCAUUGGCUCCCGGUGAGCUGUGAGCCCUCACACAGCAGCAGCCGUCUGUGUGGAAGCAUCCCACACAGUGGCCGGACUCCGCUUUCCCACGCUGCUCCGACAACUGACAACGACACGAUGGAGAAAAUGAGCGAAAUCAACGGACACGCGUUGCCAAAGUCGGACUCCACCGACAAGAUGCUGGAGAAGAAAGUGCAGAAGAGGUUCCUGGAGAAGGCGACGGUGUGCCUGGGCAAGAACCUGCUCGUUAUCAUGACGGUGUCCGGCGUGCUGGUGGGCGUCGGGCUCGGCAUGAUGGUCCGCAACAUGGACCUGACCAAAGCGCAGAUGACCUACUUCGCCUUCCCGGGAGAGAUGCUCCUGCGGAUGCUGAAGAUGAUCAUCCUGCCGCUGGUGGUCUGCAGCCUCAUCUCCGGCGCCGCCAGCCUGGACACUCGCUCCCUGGGCAAACUGGGUGGCAUCGCCGUCGCCUACUUUCUGGUGACCACGCUGAUCGCCUCUUGCAUCGGGGUGACCCUGGCGUUCAUCAUCAAACCCGGCGUGGGUGCUGGGGGGCUGAACACCAACCAGCUGGGACUGGAGAGCAUCACCAACGACAAGGAGACAGCCGACUCGUUCCUGGAUCUGGCCAGGAAUUUAUUCCCAUCAAACCUGGUGGCCGCUGCUUUCCGCUCCUAUGCCACCGACUACAAGAUGGUUGCUGCGGGGAACGACACCAAUGGGACCAUCCUCUAUCAAAAGGUUCCUGUCGCUACUGAAAUAGAGGGCAUGAACAUCUUGGGUCUGGUUCUAUUUGCCAUGGUGUUCGGUGUGGCUCUGAAGAAGCUGGGAGAGGAGGGGGAGGAACUCAUUCGCUUCUUCAAUGCUUUCAAUGAGGCUACCAUGGUACUGGUGUCCUGGAUCAUGUGGUAUAUCCCUUUUGGCAUCAUGUUCCUGGUGGGCAGUAAGAUUGUUGAGAUGGAAGAUGUGGUUCUUCUGGUCACCAGUCUGGGAAAAUACAUUUUUGCUUCGAUCUUGGGCCACAUCAUCCACGGAGGCAUCGUCCUGCCGCUCAUCUACUUCGGCUUCACACGCAAGAACCCCUUCAGUUUCCUGUCAGGACUCAUCACACCCUUCACCACUGCCUUCGCCACCUGCUCCAGUUCCGCAACUCUUCCUUCAAUGAUAAAGUGCGUUGAGGAGAAUAAUGGUGUGGACAAACGAAUCAGCCGUUUCAUCCUUCCCAUUGGAGCCACAGUCAACAUGGAUGGGGCAGCCAUUUUCCAGUGCAUUGCUGCGGUCUUCAUAGCUCAGCUCAAUAAUGUUGACCUGAACGCCGGACAGAUCUUCACCAUCCUGGUAACAGCCACAGCCUCCAGUGUCGGCGCAGCAGGCAUCCCAGCUGGCGGCAUCAUCACCAUCGCCAUCAUCCUGGAGGCCAUCGGCCUGCCAACCAAUGAUCUGUCCCUCAUGCUGGCUGUUGACUGGAUUGUCGACCGUACCACCACUGUGGUGAACGUGGAGGGUGAUGCUCUCGGUGCUGGAAUCCUCCACCACAUCAACCAAAUGGAGAUGAAGAAGAAGCAGGAGCAGCAGCAGCAGCAGGAUGAGGAGCUGGCGGAGGUCCGGGUGGAGGCAGUGGCAAACGGCCAGGCAGAGGAGGAGACCUCGCCACUAGUAAUGCUCAAAAUCAAAGGUUUAGAGGGGACGCCGGAAGCUAUCGAAUCUGUCCUGUGAACUCAGCAAGACCUUUAAACAAUUCUGACAUUGUUGCUGAGGGGACACAUUUCUAACUCAGUGUCCAAUGAAAAAAACAAGGUCACUAAUGGUUUCAGUUGUGAAGGGAAAUAGUGCCAUAGUAACAGCAUUGACAGUCCACAGUGUACUUGCUGCUGCUGUUUCAAAAUUUGGUCACUUGGACUAAUGUCUCAAUAGUUGGAUUUCCAACCAAGUGUUUAAAUGCAAUUGGGAUAUGAUGGAUAUGAAAAUCAUUAACUUUGAAAACAAUUCAUCAGUAUUGCAAAAACAUUAUUUUAAUUUUCACUCAAAGCAGAGUUUUUGUACUUCUUAAUCUUUAUUAAAGCAUUUUGUGGUAAACAGUAACUGAAACACACUGUAAAAUAUCUUUAAACCAUUCCCAGAAAUGUCAUAGUUCUGUAUCUGUGUCUAAUGCAUUAUAGGAGAUGCUCACAGCCAUAAUUUUGUAUGUCAGAGCAUUAUCCAGUGCAUUUCUUGGUUUUUAUCUUCAGACACCAAAUACAAUGACAAACUAUAAAAACGAACUAUUUUCCAAAAUCUGUAGUUAUCUAUAGUUUCAUGUUCAGGAAAGUCCACUCGACUGGUGGAGACCAAAUUCUCUCUUUCUAUCGAAGUCAGAAUGAAAAAGGAACUUUUGUUCCCAGGUUUGAACUAAUGGUCACAAUCCAGAGACAUGUUUACAGGAUGCUCCUAGUCUUUUGUUUGCUGACCAUCAGUUGACAAUGUCAAACAUUAACUCUUCAAAUGUAAGGUUAAGAAUUUGACAAAUUUGCCUCAUGCAACAUGUUGACCCAGAGUCCCUUGUGACUCAGCUGGCUCAGUAUGGUAAGUUAAAUACUGGACCAAUGGCAAGUAAACAUACUCGUUUUGUAUGUCACUGGAAAAUCCCUGUCUAGUCCGUUUAUCUUAAAGAAACAUAAUGCGUUAUUUACAUGGUUCUCUAAUCCUCUUAAAUAGCCAAACAGAAACAUGAUAAGCCAUGAAUAUGACCAGACCUCAUCUCCCAUUUCUUAUCAGCAUUUUAUAAUCGUGUCACCAUAACUUUGUCAAGACAGCAGGUAAUUUCCUUUACAAAUCCGCUCCAUUAAUAAUGGCCACACUCUGAAGAUCCAGUCCGCUCAGCAAACUCUCUAAAGUUGUAGUUAUGCACCAAGGAGUCUGAAAAGUAGCCAGUUUUGUUUUGAUGUUGGUUUGCUAGUUCGCCAGCUACAGCAGUGUUAACAUGCAGCUGUCAAUUAACUAUGACUAAUUCUCUUAUUAGCUAAUUAUGGUAAUGGUUAUAUCAGGUUUUUAGACCAACCUGAUACUUUGGUUGGCAAGAUACUAGAUUUAUCUAUGGUGGAAAACUAUAAAAAUUUCCAGUCAAAACCAGAACAGAAAUUAAGCUCAUCUGUUCAGUCCUGCUGAGACAGCAGGGUAAUAACUGGAUAAAUACCAUUCUAAGCCAAAAGAGGCAGACCUCUAUCAUGGCUGGAGUUCUAAAACCCUGAUGUACGUUAGCAUGUCUGUCCUUUUGUUCCCUUGUCUCAAAGAGAAUGUGUUUUUUGAUGCCUGAAAUACGGUCUGUGGUUAACAUUUUGCCAUUAAUUUCUUUAUUUAAUGUAAAAGUGGCAUUGGCUUUUUGUCCAGGUAACAAGGGUGAUGCUUACUGUGCAUUGACAUUUCCAGGUUGGCCUACUUGAGGGUCUCAUAGGAUCUGACAUUGCCAGUCAUUGCCAGAAUUACAUAUGGUCAAAUAUAAGUACUGUAAACACACUGGUAAGACAUCAGGAAAACACUCCAGUCCCCCAUUUAUCCAAUAACACACAUUUUACCUGUAGUUGUUGGUGUAGUUGUCAAGAUUCACUCAAAAAUCCUCUGUCAUAUGUGCCCACACACACUGAACCUAAACCGAAAUGAUGAGUUUGCAGUAUACUAUAAUGCCGUUCUGUUGUGAAUGCAUCCUCUAUCUUAGUACAGAUGUUUCUCAGUUGUGUCUCAAAGGCAAAGCGUGCAUCAAAUUAACCUUCAUUGGAAUUGGUGGUUAGCCUACGUGAGGUUUGCUAAUGCUUGUAUUUUAAUUGUUGAAUUGUUCAGUGCAACCCACUCCCUGUCAGAAUCCAUCUCUCUUACCACUGACAUCUUCAAUCUGUGGGAUAAACUAUUAGCUGUGGUUGCUCUAAAGGGAACAUUGGUCAUUGCCAUUAUUGUGGCUUACUUGAUGGGAUAUUUUUUAAGUGUGCAGUAUGCACUGCUCCAAAUUACUUACAGGUGCCUUCCUUUAUUCUAAGGAUACACGUCUCCUUUUAGGACACAGGACUUGACUGAUAGGAAGAGCCUGUGCUGCCCUCCAGUGGUGAUAGGCAUUAAUGUGAAACAAAAAAUGUUAGGGUGGUUGCAUCCCAUAGCUGUGGUGUCUAUACAUUUUCAGAUGAUAUUGCUGAACGAUAUCAGUAACAUCUCCUAUUUAUUUGAUCUAUUAUUAUUUGUGUGGAGGAGCUGUUGAUGAGGCCACUUAAUUUCUCACCCUUUUAGAGGUGAAGGAUCUCUGUGUGUAUGAAAUUUCAUUCAUGUUGCUGUCAUUUUAUUUCUGAGUAACUCAUUAUGAUGUGGUGGUGCUGCUUUGGUUUUGGAUCAUUCUGCUCUUAAGAUGGAGUAAACCAGUGUGUCUGAACAUUUCUUAUUCUUCAUUUCAGACUUUUCUAAGCUAACUACUGCUCUUUUAACCUAAACUGAACUGUCUGUGUAGGUUCUGAUGAGUUUAUCUGAUACAAUAAUUACAUGCAUUGUGCGACAUAUAUAUUUGAUAUUAAUUUAUUGUAAUUGUUUUAACUUUUUGUGUUAUUUGUACUUUCUCCUUGCAACAAUUUACCUUGGUGUUAAACAUUUUUAAUGAUCCUACUACCCCGAUAACAAAUUGUUGAUUUUUUUUAAAUUUUUAAUGUUUUUAAAUGAAUUACCUUCAACCUUGCCUGUGCCAUGUCACUGUCUAAAACUUUAGUGCUUUCUCAAUGCUCCCUCUGUCUGUCAACAUUAAAAGUGGUACAGUAAAAGUGUUCAUGCAACCAAAA